CGCAGGGCUCGGUGGCACGUGCCAAUCAGGACGUGCAGGACAUGUUAACUGCAUGGAUGAUGCAGCAUCUGUCGAAGAAAUGGUCGGAGGGACUGCGUUUCGUGCAAUGCAUGAAGAAUCGGGCCAUUCACCAGGGCACCAAAAUCUCCUCAUAUGAGGCUAUGUUUGGCACCCCCAUGAAGGUGGGCCUUCAGGCGGCCUUCCCCUUGGGAGCCGUUGACGAGCUCCACACCGAGGAGGAUCUUCAAGCCUUCUUGGAGGAGAUGAGGAUAGGCGAAGGAUCACCACAGACGGCCAGCCAGGCCAGCCCAGCAGACCACGACGUUGGAGCAGCGCAGCACUCUACAGGAACGACUCCACGACGACGAGUUCCGCUGCACAUCUUGACUGGCCCUCCACCUGUCCGGCCCCCUCCAUCAACACCUCCAACCAGCCCCCCGUCCAACUCUCCUCCGCCUGGACCAUCCGUCUUGAGGACACCGCACCGCUUGUCUGCAGCGACGACCACUCCAGUCUCCACGCCGCGCUUUGUCGGCUGGGCAGCGCCAUCAGCAUCCUACGCAGCAGCCAGAGCCGGCAGCCCACUGUUGUCUUGCUGUCAGUGUGGGGAGGCGUGCAGCGCACACGACGAGUGCAGCGAGUGCGGCACGGGGCUGCACCCUUGCUGCGCCAAGCGAGGAAAGUGUGGGAACUGCUCGCGGUCCACUGCUGUGCUGGAGCUGGAGCUGAGGGCGACGGCAGAGAAGAACCUCCGCAAGCAGGCUGCAACAAUGCUGAAAAUUUCCGAUGCGAAGUUCCCCCCAGCAUCCGUCGGGGAUACUGUCGUCGUUCCAGUGGCUUAAGUGGACAGAGGUCGAGGGGACCCCAGAAAUGUCACGGCAGUCGUUCUCGAGGUCAUGUCGGACGGUUACUACAGGUUGGGGAACAAGAACGGAGUUCUUGCGUCC